CACCAUGUCAGGGAACGAUUCCGGUCCUCGCAGAGAGCGUUAUGCGACACUAUCGCCUGUGGAGAUCACGUGGAGGGACAGACAGCAGUAUCUGGAGUCCCGGGGGUAUAUGCUCCGACGUCGUUACCGACCUGGCUGGGUACCGUCUUGGAAGACAGACCCGAGCAUUCGAGCUAAAGAUGCGGAAGACUCUUUAUCAACUCAUGCGUUGAGGUCGAGCCUCAUGGAUGCUACGAGGAUCGCUGACGGCAAACUCGUCCUACUCAAGCGUAUCCGUUCAGAUUCUCAGGAGCUGGAAAUUGCUAGACGAUUUUCUUCCCCAGAGUAUCGCUCGGACCCGCACAAUCAUUGUGUACCCAUCCUCGACAUCAUACCGGACGCGGAUGAUUCACAGAUGUCAUACAUCGUGAUGCCUUUUCUCCGCUACGUGGAUAACCCCCCCUUCGAAUCUGUCAAGAAUAUACUCGACUGCAUCGAUCAGUUGCUUGAGGGUUUAGCAUUCCUACACGAGCACGGCGUUGCUCACCGUGACUGCGCCUACAAGAAUCUCAUGAUGGACGGCUCUGCUCUCUAUCCCGACGGGUUCCAUCCAAUGUAUACGACUUCUAUGCCCCAACAGAUCAAGCGUCCGGCCACGUUACUUUCUCGAGAUGAUGUCCCUGUUACCUAUUACUACGUUGAUUUCGGGAUCUCGACUCGGUUCGAGCCAGAGGAUACGAACAGACUUGUCGUUGGCUCUGAUGGGCUAGACCAAGACCCACCGGAGCUUUCUGAGGAUGACCCUUAUGAUCCAUUCAAGCUUGAUGUGUUUAUCAUUGGGAAUUUCUUUCGGCAGCAGUUUUUAAUGACAUACGCAAACGUGGACUUUCUUGUCCCACUAGUCAAUCAAAUGACUAGCAGGGAUCCUGCAUCGCGACCAACUGCUGCAGCUGCACUUGUUCAUUGGAAAGCGAUACGUCGGAGCAUAUGGAGCGUGCAACGAUUUUGGAGACCUCGCCCACGAGGGGAGCCUUUGAUUGUACGAGCAAUCUUCGAUGGGUUUUCUUUGUUCUACGUCAUCUAUAGGUUUCUGCUUUUGGCUCGAUUAUGAGUCGAAGCACUCGCAACCGUUAGUGUUCCUGCAUAUCCGUAUAGUUGCUGUCGUUUGUCUAGAUGCUAUGUGAAUACGUUGUCUAUUGGUACGG